CCACCAGUACCAUCACAGAAAUGAGCACAUCAACUCCUUCAUCUUCUUCAAGUGGCACGAUUUUGACGUCAGGUGCUCCUCAGACAACAUCCCAUUCAGGUGAGACGACAACUUCAUCCCAAUCUAGUGUCAGCAGCCCACCUCUGACAACCUCAGGAAUCGUGUCAGCACCAACUAUGGCAGACACUACUCUGGGAACUACAAUUGGCAUGACAUUCUCUGUAACUACAACUCCUUCUUCAGUCACCUCUGAAGCCUUACGUACAACUGAAGUAGGUGGACAUACGUUAGCACCCUCUUUGAGCACCUCUACCAAGGAAACAUCCGCAUCAUCAAGGAACUACCUUUCUAUGAUCACUGAGAUCACCAAUCAUCCACAAACCAGCCCCAUCACAGACAUAAGCACAUCAACCCUUUCACCUUCACCAAGUGGAAAUGUCCCCACAUCAGCUUUUCCUCAGAAGACAUCCCAUUCAGCCCCUGACCCUGCAGUCACCUGGAGCUCCACCACCAUAUUCACAAGUCAUCCCACACCUUUGUCUGGUACCGGUACUUUCCCACCAUCCACAGCAUUCUCACGCUCCACUGUGAAGGCGGAUACAUCAGGAACAAUCACAGCUUCACUGACGACAGACAAUCAGAAAAGCACAGCAACACCACUACUCUCAACAACUAUCCAGGGCCUUACAACCUCAACUCCCAGCACACGCUCAACAACUACCCCAGUCCCUAUGAAGCCUGAGAAAGGUGUUUCCCUCUUCCCCUAUGGGCCACGUGUUCAAGACCAGGAGUUUGUCAGGAGGAGGGUGGACUUCACCUCGCCGCUCUUCAAGCCCCAGAUUGGCUUCCCUUUUGGCUCCUCUCUCCGAGAUUUCCUCUACUUCACAGAUAACGGUCAGAUCAUUUUCCCGGAGUCAGAGUAUCAGAUUUUCUCCCACCCCCACCCUCCUCUUGGUGGCUUCACAGGCAGGGACGGUCUGGCUGUGGUGGCUCCAUUCUGGGAUGAUGCUGAUUUCUCCAGCCGCAAGGGAACCAUAUUUUACCAGGAAUAUGAGACGCUCUACGAUGACAAAAAACCACUUGUAGUCCAGCAGGUGGAGUCUUGGAUUGAAAACUUUGCAAACACCUGGAACUACAAAGCCAGGUGGACCCUAAAGGUCACAUGGAUCAAUGCCACUGCCUAUCCCGCCCAGCGGACCUCCGGGACCAACACCUACCAAGCCAUCCUCUCCACAGAUGGGAGCAGAUCCUUCGCCCUGUUUCUCUACCAAAGUGGUGGGAUGCAGUGGGAUGUAACCCAGCACCUAGACAACUGGGCCCUCAUGGGCUUCUCCAGUGGAGAUGGGUAUUAUGAAAACAGCCCGCUGACAUCCCAGCCAGUGUGGCAGAAGUAUCGUCCGGACCAAUUCCUGAAUUCCAACUCAGGCCUCAGGGGGCUGCAGGUCUAUCAGCUGCAUAGGAGAGAAAGACCCAACUACCGUCUCAGGUGCCUGCAGUGGUUGAGACAACCUCAGUGGCCCAGCUGGGACUGGAACCACAUCUCCUGCCCUUGCUCCUGGCAGCAGGGACUAUGGGACUUACGAUUCCAGCCCAUCCACAUAGGCUGGUGGGGCCUCGGCAGCAGGCAGCUGUGCAGCUUCACUUCCUGGCGUGGGGGCGUGUGUUGCAGCUACGGGCCGUGGGGAGAGCUUCUGCAAGGCUGGAGAGUGCAGAGCCCUUGGCAGUUUGAGCAAGAACUGGAGCCACAGGACUGGUGCUGCCGCUGGAACGACAAGCCCUCCUUCUGCGCCCUGUACCAACAAAGGCGGCCCCGCAUCAGCUGUGCUGGGUACCGGCCCCUAAGGCCUGCCUGGAUGUUCGGGGACCCCCACAUCACCACCUUAGAUGAUGCCACUUACACCUUCAAUGGGCUGGGGGACUUCCUGCUGGUCAGGGCCAGAGAUGGAAACUCAUCCUUCCUGCUGCAGGGCCGCACUGCCCAGUCCGGCUCUGCCCAGGCCACCAACUUCAUUGCGUUUGCUGCUCAGUACAACUCCAGCAGCCUGGACCCCAUCACAGUUCAGUGGCUCCUUGAGCCCAAUGACACAAUCCACGUGCGGCUCAAUAACCAGACUGUGACAUUUGAAGACCAGGAAAUCUUCAACACCACUGGAGUCAUAAUGACCCGCAAUGGCUCCCUGGUGACAGCCAGCUUAGAUGGCACAGUGAUCAUAUCAGUGACAGCUCUCUCCAACAUCCUGCACACCUCCUGCAGCCUCCCAGAGGAGUACCGAGACCGCACAGAGGGCCUCCUGGGGGUCUGGAACAAUAAUCCAGAAGAUGACUUCAAGAUGCCCAAUGGCACCACCAUUCCCCAAGAGAGCAAUGAAGAGAUGCUUUUUCACUAUGGAAUGACCUGGGAAAUCAACGGAACAAGCCUCCUUGGCAAGAGGGAUGACCAUCUGCCUUCAAACUUCACCCCUGUCUUCUUUUCCCAACUGUGGAAUAACAACUCCUUGGAUAAAAAUUCAACCUCCAAGUGUAAUGGAGAUAAACAAUGCAUCUAUGACACCCUGGCCACAGGAAACACAAAGACUGGACUAGACACUAGGAUGCUCUUUAGAAGAUACCAGCAGACGAACAACACCCUCCAUCAGUACCCACCUUCUAUUGAGGGUCCCCAAAUGGUGAAAGCCUACAAGGGGGAGACCAUGAUGAUUCAAUACAAAAGCAGCUCUAAGGACGUCACGUUCACUCUCAGAAACAGCUACACUAAGGACUUCAAGCUUUUUGAGAAUGGGACACUGCUCUGGACACCAAACUCGCUGGAACCAUUCACUCUGGAGAUUCUAGCAAGAGAUGUCAAGGACAACUUAUCAUCUCUACUCCAGCCAAAGACCGUGGUCUGUGCUUGCAAGGGAAAGGAACAGUGUUUAUACAGCAAGACCAGCUGGGUGGGCAAUUCCUCCCUGGAGGUGGCCAGCUGCAAGUGUGACAACACCACCUUCGGCCAGUACUGUGAGCGUUCCAAGGACCUCUGUGAUGAGCAGUGCUUCCCGAAUGUGAAGUGUAUUCCUGGGCAGGGCUGUGAUCCUUGCCCCCCGAACCUAAUUGGGGAUGGGCGUCACUGUACAGGUCUGGAGGACUCUGAACACUGUCAGAACCAGUUCUGCCCUGUGAACUACUGCUACAACCAGGGCCACUGCUACAUCUCCCAGACUCUGGACUGCCAGCCCACCUGCACUUGCCCCCCAGCCUUCACAGACAACCGUUGCUUCCUGGCUGGGAACAACUUCACUCCAACUAUUGACCCAGAGUUCCCUUUAAGAACCAUCCAGCUCAUUCUCAGUGAAGAAGAAAACGCCACUGAAGCAGAGGUCAACGCUUCGGUGGCCUACAGGCUGAAGAACCUGGAUGUGCGGGCCUUUCUCAGGAAUAGCAAAGUGCAAAAAAUCAGCUCUCCAGCAAGCGGCUCACUGCAACAAUGGCUUGUCAUCUCGGAGUUCCAGUACCGCCCGCGGGGUCCUGUCAUCCACUUCCUCAACACCCAGCUGCUGGACGCAGUGGUGGAGGCAUUUUUACUGCAGGCCCCGCAGGGGAGAUGGAAGGAAAGUGAGGAGCCCAGGAACGACGUGGUCUUCCACCCUAUCUCCAGGAGAGACGUGCGCAGUUUGACGGCUUCGAACGUGAGCACGCUGCAGGCUCACUUAAAAUGCAAUGGCUACAAGGGCUACAAACUGGUCUACAGCCCGCAGGGCGGCUUCACUUGCGUGUCCCCUUGCAGUGAGGGCUACUGUGAGCACGGUGGCCAGUGUCAGCACCUGCCGGAUGGGCCCCGCUGCAGCUGUAUGUCCUUCUCCAUCUACACGCCCUGGGGCGAGCGCUGUGAGCAUCUGAGCAUGAAACUCGGCGCUUUCUUCGGGAUUCUCUUUGGGGCCCUGGGCGCCCUCUUGCUACUCGGGGCCAUAGUAUUUGCGGUCCAUCGCUUCUGGUGCACCAAGACCCGAUUCUCCUACCCCCUGGACUCCGAAAGCUGAAGCCUCCACCCAAGGCGGGAGCUGUGGCCUAAGAUACCUCAAGACCCACCCCAGACACACCCACUUCCGUCCAGGCGCCUUGGGGGAGAUGAGGAAAAGGAAGAUGACUGACGGUGACUCGGGAUUCUUCCAGGAGAAUGACUAACAGGAAUGAAUAAUGAUACAGAUAAGAGCACAACUUAUCAGUUUACAUUGAGGUGGACUGGAAGAGACCAUAAAGAUCUACUACAUAAACGGAUGGAUUCUCACACAGACACUCUCACAAGGAGGACACCCGAAUGUACACACACACACACACCAGAUUUAAUAAUGGGGUGAUGGUUCUAACUUAAAAACCAAAAUGCAUUUGUAUGUAAAACUCUCCAGUUUACUUCUAAUUAAAGUCUAUUUAGAUAAAAUCU